AUGUCUAGUAGUGAGGAAGAAGACGUGCUUAUUUAUUACCGAUACAAAAGACAACGAAGGCUUCGAAGAAAACUGUGGUGUCAUCCUUAUAUUGAAAGAAACAUAAACUGCAGGUUUUUCAUGGCAGCUAACCAGCUAGCCGAAACAGAUGUCAAAUUCGUGCAAUGCUACAGAAUGUCCAAAGCUUCUUACCUGGAAUUAGUUAAGCUGCUUAGCCCUUUCCUAUCAAAGAUGAACACAAAUAUGCAAGAAUGUGUGAGCGCAGAGGAAAGAAUACUAAUCACUUUAAGGUACUUGGCUACGGGUUGCACGUUUGUAUCGCUUUCUUUAUACUUCGCAAGAGGGGAGACCACAGUUGGUAUUAUCGUUAAAGAAACAACAAAAAUAAUCUGGGAUUUGCUGAAUGACACCUAUAUGCCUUUACCAACGGUUGAAAAAUGGAAAGCGAUAGCAGAUCGUUUCGAGUUCUUGUGGAACCUUCCCAACUGCAUCAGGGCAAUAGACGAUGGACUAUUUACAGUGAUAGAACCAGGUUACGCAGGAAGAAACAGCGAUGGAGGGAUCUUCCGUGCUUCUAGAAUCAAGUACUGGAUAACACAAGGCAAUUUUGAGAUUCCUUCACCAUCCCCCUUAACGCACGAUGGAAAAAGAGUCCCAUUGCCUUACUAUUUUGUAGGGGAUGAAGCUUUUCCAUUAACACGAUAUUUAAUGAGACCGUAUCCAAAAAGAACACUAGACAACUUCCAUGCUAUUCUACCUUUAGAGGAAGGGUAUAUGGUCAAUCACGGAUACACAAAGAAAUAAUUUGGUUGAUGGCUUUGUAAUUGUGCUUUAUGUGAAUACUUUCAAAAACACAGAGGCUUCAAGAGAAGAGCAAAGUUACGUUUCGAAUUAAAAGAAUAUGUCCCAAGAACCCUCAGAAGGUUAUAUUUAAGGUUGGUGUGGAUAUAAUUAAAAAAGACUAAUCUGUGUCCAUGUAUCUGUCUUUUUAUUUAUUCUUUGUAUCCCCACCUCUAGAUUUCAUGUAAAUAAUUUAAGAUCUCAUAGUUAUGUUAUGUCUAGACUAGAGUCUCGCUAGAGGAUGUUCUGUGUAUAUUUUUAUUAAAUAAAAAACUUUUCAAGCUUU